GGCGCAGGUAAAUCGACGAAUCUCUGUUGCGAUAUGUAGCGAUAUGUAGCGACGGCAACGAUAUUCGACGUUUGCUUGCGAAAUAUCGGAGCAUUAUGGAGUGUCACGCGAGCGAAAGAGACGUCGGCGCGGUUGAAAAGCCGCUCCCUAGUGGCGACGGCAGCGUAGCACCGGUGAUAAUUGAGGAACUGGACGAAAAUGCCAUCGGCUCGAUGGACGUGGACAUAAAUGAGUUUGUGGAAGCGAGGGCGUUGCAAAUCAACGAGGUGACGGACGUUAUUCCAAAUUGUACUCUCUCCCCGUCCCCGUGUAAUCGCACCAAGGUUACCGUAGACACGGAGGAGCAGGAUACGUCGCUGACCGCCGACGAGGAGGAUCGGUUAACGAAACAGUUCUUAAAUGGCGAGCUGACGUUUAGCGAGUAUUCGUCCAGGAUGGACCAGGAUAUAGAUCUGGAGACGAUAGAGAACGACGCGUCCAGAAGGACAGUCGGACCCGAUCGCGUCGCUGUACAAAAGUCGGUGGAACAAAAGCCGCACAAAGCGAGCGUCGUGCGUCAGAAGAAGAAGAGACGCGUAUUGCCGCAAGUUCUGCAAGGGCUCAUGGGAGAGGCAAAUUUAAGAUUCGCAAAGGGAGAGGUAGACUUGGCAGCUAAAAUAUGCAUGGAGAUUAUUAGACAAGUACCGAGCGCUCCAGAGCCAUUUCAAACGCUGGCCAUGAUAUACGAGAACGAUCAACCGGACAAGUCGUUGCAAUUUGCUCUAAUUGCCGCGCAUCUUAGUCCCAAGGAUGCCGAUCAGUGGGUGAGAUUAGCCAACUUGUCGCUCGAAAGCAGCGACCUGAGGCAAGCGAUCACGUGUUACUCCAAAGCGAUUCAAGCCAGUCCAAAGGACAUCAAUUUAUACGAGACGCGUGCGCAUCUCCAAGAACAGAAUGGCGAUAAGAAGGCGUACCUGCGAGGAUAUACCAAACUGAUUCACCAAUUGGAAGCCGAAGAUGGUGCAUAUAUCAUGAAAUACGCAAAGAUAUUAGCCAAACGUUAUAUGCAAGAGGACAACAAUGAGCAAGCACUGGAAGCAGUUGAGACUAUUUUUACCAAAUGUCCUCAUCUCAUCACGUUGGAAGAAGUUAACAUUAUGACUGAAUUGCUAAUAGCGCUCAAGCAAUUUCAGAGAUGUUUAGAUAUACUGCUAAAGUACACGGAUAUUCGAGUACGAUAUAAGAAGAGCGAGGAGGAGAGGGAUGGAGAACGUGGUGACGCGAGGUCUAAAGCUACGUCAUCGCCAUCGAGAGUAUCAACGGCAGGCGAGAGUGGCAAUGAAAUCGAGUUUUGCGACGUACCGAAUAACGUGGUCGUUGACCUGAAAGCCAAAUUUCUCAUUACUCUCAUCGAACUCGAUUACAUUCCGAUGGCUGAGAAGCUGCUGCCUCAAUUUUACUUGCGCGAGAAUCCAGAGAUCUCGGGAGAUCUCUUUCUAGACGUGGCGGAGGCAUUGAUGGGCAAGAGGGAGUUUCAGCGCGCCAUGCUUCUGUUGGAUCCGUUGGUUAAAAGCACCAAUUACAGCCUGGCCGCGGUCUGGCUGAGGCACGCGGAGUGCUGGGUAGGCUGCGAUAAUCUCGACAAGGCCGUACAAUCUUACGAAGCCGUCCGAAGAUUAUCGCCGCAGCAUUUAGGCGCGAGAUUGGCUCUUGCCAAGCUUUAUAAAAAGUCGGAACAUUACGACAAGGCGGUACAAGUUCUCUAUCAAGACCCCGAAUCCGACACGUUAGAUCCUGACGUUCUCUAUCAGAGAACGCUGCUACUUUACACAGUUAGAAGAUACGAGGAGUACUUUGCUUCGGGAAUGCUGCUUCUCUCGAGACACUGCGUCAAUAUAAGACGAAAGGUCGAAUUGAAUGCGUUGGCACGCGCGACGGGCGUUCGCCAGCGGCUCGACAGCCUACAGCUUCGUCGUUUGUCUUGCGGGGAAAGGUUGGAGGACGAAAACGCCCCAACGUUUGUUGCUAACGCCAAGCCGAGCGAGAAGAAUGAGUUUCUACUCUUCCUACAAAUGUGUAAGCUAGCGUGUAAAUUGAAAAAGUAUGGCUUCCUCCAGAGAUUAUGCUUCACCGCUCUCACGUCCAAGAGAUUUACCAAGAGGAACUCUCACAUCGUCUUUCUGUGCUUGGUCUCUUGCAUUCACAACAAGGACUCGUUCUACGGGUACAACAUCGUCCGAGAACUCGUACGUGUCUGCCAAAGGUCCAACUCGUGGAACCUGUUGAACAUAAUUAUCCAAAGGGCGGAAGAUUUGAGGCAUAACAGAUUUAUAAUGAGAUUGCUCGGACGAGAUGUCUUUUCGUAUUUGCACAUCAUGCACGCAAACAACUGUCUCGUUUCGGGAACUUAUAAAUACGCUCUAAACGGAUACAUGUCUCUUUUCAAAGUAGCACCUAGUGCAUUGCUGGCACUGUUGAUAGGCGUUACGCAGUUACAAAUGGCGUGUCAAAAGUUGUCGGCUAAGAAGAAUCAGCUUGUAAUUCAAGCGCUGGCCUUCUUCAACAAGUAUAUGCAGUUACGUGGUAAAGACGGUCAACAAGAAGCCUAUUACAACAUGGCACGGGCAUUUCAUCAAAUUGGCUUGUUACCCUCUGCCAUUCACUUUUACAAGUUGGUCUUGAAGGAAGAUCCAGGAGAUUUAGUCAAACAGCAUGCGAAUCUUUUGGACCUGAGAAAGGAAGCAGCCUUCAAUUUGCAUCUCAUCUAUCUGCAAUCGGAAAACCAUCUUCUUGCUAGAAUGUAUCUCGAGAAUUACAUCACGAUAUGAGUACAAAGUCGUCUAAAUGUGAUAUUGUACAUAUAUUUUCUAUUUGUAUUUAAUGUGUAGAGUGCUGUAAAUAGUUUUAUAGAAAUAAAAAUUUUUCCCCAUUCAAA